AUGACAGUCAACAGUGAAGAAAAUAAGGAACAAUCAGUUCAACAGAAAUGUGAUAAUACAAAUGUAGGUUAUUCCGACCUUUAUCCAGGAAGAAAGCAAGCUCCAAUUCGAAGUUGGUGGAGCAAACUUUUUUUAGAGGAAAAACUGGAACAAAUCCAAAAAACAAAAUGUGAACUUAACGUUUACGAUUGUAUAAAAGAAAGUCCUGCAGUCAAAUUGAUGAUGGCAGCAUUAAAGAGUUCAGGAUGCGAAAUUGAUAUUGGUCGUCACAUUUCUUGUGAAGUAUGUGAUAAAGCAGUCACUGGUGGUUAUGACCCACAAUUAAAUCAAAUCAUAAUUUGUCAAAAUACAGCUGCAGACAAAGGUCGAGUUCAAAGUUCUUUGGUUCAUGAAAUGAUACAUAUGUUUGAUUACUGUCGUUAUAAUCUGAAUCUAAAGAAUGUGGAUCAUUUAGCUUGCACUGAAAUAAGAGCAGCUAAUCUAUGUCAUUGUAGUUUUCUGGGUGCAGUUACAGGGGGUACUGCUUCACCUUUCAAAAUUAAACAAAUGCACCGGAACUGUGUUGCAGACAAAGCUACUAGAUCAAUAAUGGCAGUACAAGAUGUAACAAAGGAAGAAGCAAUUAAAUCUGUAACACGAGUUUUUCAUAAAUGUUAUAACGACUUAGAACCAAUUGGAAGAAGAAUUCGUAGAAAUUCAGAAGAUAUGAAAAAAGCAUAUUUAGAAGCCUCACUAUAUGGAUAUAUAGAUUAA